UUUUCUUGCAAAAUUUAAGUAUUUUUGCUAUAUAUCUUAGUGAUGAUCCAGCCACUAGUCAUUGCUAACUAAAGACAAAAAUCUAGAAAUGUAAUUUAUUAAAAAAAAUUUUGUGUGUAUAAAUUAUUAUUAUUUUGCAUAAAAAGGUAUCUGUGGAGAUUGCCGAGAAGAAGUUGGCUAUCAACCGAUGCUUGGAGUAUUGGGAAGAAGAUUGCUUCUGUUAUCAAAUGCUUCUUCAUUUGAUGUUUUAAAUUCUAAUUUUGAAAACCUUUUCAAUGGAUACAGUGACAUUAUUUUCUUAAAUCAAACAGCCCUUAUGAGAAUGGGGCCUCAAUUCACCAAUGGGAGGAAGUUUCUUCCCUUUCGGAAUGCUUCACAGUUUUUUAGUUAUGACAAACUUCCUAACUUUGGAGGAGUUACUUUAAAAGCUGCAUAUGUCAAUUGCUCACCACUAGUAUUAAUAAAAGAAAAUAAAGUGGUUGGCCUCGAGAUCUUUCUCAUAAAUGAACUUGGUAAAGCAAUGAACAUCACAUGGAAUCUUACUGUGUUUAAAGGCAACCCAUGGGGGAAAUAUAAAAAUGACACCUGGGAAGGUGGAAUAAUAGGCUCAAUAAUGCAACAUCAAUAUGACAUAGGCCUUUGUGGAUUUUGGAUUAAGCAGAAACAACUAAAAUUUGUAGAUGCAACAUUGGAUUAUUCACAGAUGAUCAUAGUUUAUGUCUUACCAAGAAGAUUUUAUGGAAAAAGAUGGAAAAGUAUUUAUACUCCUUUCAGCUAUCAACUUUGGAUCUGUAUUGCAUGUACUAUGCUUGUUUCGAUUCUUGCCUUGCAUGUUUUAUCAAAAUUAAUAGGGAAAGGUAGGAAAUUUCAUGAUUGGAUCUUUCUUGUUAUUGGGCGAUUUUUGGGAUGUUCAACAUUACCUUCGAGUGGGCCAGCCAUGUUCAGAGUGGCAGUAUUAUUCGUAUCUGUUGCUGCUUUGAUUGUGUGUUCUAUUUAUUCAUCAGCUGUUGUUUCACAUUUGACAAGUCCUCCUCGACUUUUCCAGCCCAAAACAGUUGAGGAUUUGUACAAAAUGAAAUAUUCUUGGACCACAGCCUUUCCCGUUCGAGAUCUUAAUAAUUUACUCAGACUAACAAAUAAAUGGCAGAAGACAUUUAAUACUCGAUUUCGUUAUCCAGUCAAUUUAAAAUCAGUUUUUCGAAGCAAUAAGUAUGCAGUGUUAUGUCAAUUAGUUGAAAAAUUUCCGCUUUCAGUCAAUGCAGAAAGUGUAUUUUUAGAAAACACUUAUAUCCUUCCUGAAUUGGUAAAUGUUUACCAUAUUGGUUUUCCAUUACCUAAGGGAUCUCCUUUAGUGAUUCAUGCAUCUAGGGUAAUUGAUAGAUUAAAGUCGAGUGGUAUCAUCGACAAAGCAGUAAAUGAUAUAUCUCGUCUUUAUGGAGGUGUAGAUAUUAUUUUAAAUUCUAAAGAGCCAAGGCCUCUUACCAUUACUUCCCUUCAGAACAGCUUGUACCUUCGUUCUCGGAUGGACAUCCUCGGCGAACUGCCUGUAGAAAUAGCUCAGAACAUCUUGGGAUUACUCUCUCCUGACGAUUUGUUGUCUUGCUCCGCCGUUUCCAGGAUUUGGAGAAGACUCGUGGAUUGCUUGGUACUUUGGCGGAAACUCUGUUCCAGGAGGGAAAAUACAGAACCACUCUGGGCUUUGAAUAAAUGGGCUCUCAACUAUCAGUUGCGGAAUCAAAUUCCAAUCUCCUGGGAGAAGAAAGAAUCGAUGGACUACAGGCUGAGCCCGGAGGACUCGCAGAUCACUGUUCUGGCCUGCGACGGGAAGAGAUUGGCCGUCGGACAUGCCAAUGGCGUCGUAUCCAUUCUUGACGUUUAUCGUGUCCCCUAUCUUGUGACGAGCCUUUCUUGCCUUCUCAAAGGAUACAGGGUUUUAGGCCUAUCCAUAGCGGGGAGGCACCUUGUCUUAUUCCAGAGUAUGCUCCUACAGAUCUAUAUAUCAGAUAAAGACUCCUAUAGUCUUGUGGAUGCCAAAUCUUUCGAAAUGGGGUUUGUUUAUAUUGAAGUCCUGCAACGAUAUGGCGAUACAUUGGAUAACUUUGUUUCCUGGUAUAGUUCAGAAAUCGAAAGUGACAGAAUAUCUAAAGAAUUAUUGGCAACUACUGUUAUUUAUCACCUUUCGGAACCGUUGAUAUACGUCGGCGUCAGAGAGUACCAAAUGAUCUAUGUUUGGUCAUUAAUUGACGGGCUGACCUCACCUGGAGUAAUUAAAGUUUGGGAAAAGGAAACUGGCAAAGAGGUUGCAUCCCGAAGUACAGGUUAUAUUUCCUUUAAAACAGUUAGCUCACUUUAUGAUUUAAUCAUCUUCAGCGAAAGAACUACAGUAUUCGUUUGGGAACCAAAGAACGACAUUAUUAUAAGAACUUUUUCUUUAGAAGAUGUAGUCAUCUUUUUUCAUCCUUGUCCUUUUAGAUUCAUUUUGGUUUUUACGCAUGGGUCAUGUUGGCUUUGUGAUUGGCUACAAGGAUGUAAAUUGUAUCGCCUGCAUCCUCAAUACAUAAAGUCAGGAGAUUACAGAGGCUUGGUUUACUCCGAUGAUACUAUGCUUCUCAUGAAAGCGGAUUUCAACUUGCUCGAUAUGACUGCAUUUUGUUGA